AUGGGGGAUCCUGCAGGCUCUGGGUGGGGGAGGCGGAUGCCUGCGCCUUCGCCCGCGUCGCCUGCCGAAGGCGGGCGCCUGCUGGUGGAGCCGUGCGGCGCGAGCGCUCAGGGUCACAUCGUCAAGGGGAAUUUGCGCGUGCGCGGGAACCUGGACAUGAGUGCGGACUACGAGCAAAACGAGGUAUUCGUGGACAGGACCGUCGCGGUUCAGGGGCUUCCCGAGACGGUUUCGGAGGCGGGGGUCCGCAGCGGCGGGCCAGCUGGCGGCCGCGCGCCGGAGCCGGCCGAAACCGACGAAGGUCUAGAAGAAAUCGACGAAGAAGAGGAAGACGGUGCGCCGCGCAGCUUGCAGAAAUCCUUUCGCGUCAAAAACAAAGUGACAGUCGAAGGCCGCAUGCUCUGCGACGCGGCUUCCCGGAAGCAAACCCCGUUCGGGGCCCAGAGAAGAAAACGUUUCUUCUCCACAGAUGAGGGUUUGCGCUGGAGCCGGAAUCGCGGCGCGCGCCUGAGAGCCGAACAGGAUUCAAAGUUCGUCGCCAGCUUCACCCAAGACGGAGAACUCCUCGUCAACGCCCGCUCCGUGGAAUAUGAUCCCGCCGCGCAGAUCCGGAGAAACGCCGCCCGCCGCCUUCUCCGGAGCGAAUACGCGGACCAGGUUCCCGGUUCCAUCAGCGGCAGGCUGCUCAUCCCGUACUUGAAUGCUGACGUCCGCGAGUUGCUCCGCGUGAGCGAAUUCUGCGACGGCGAAGGCUGGCGCGUGUUGGAAGAAAUUCGGCGUCUCCUCGUCCUGAGGAAAGGCCGUUUGACCCUCUCGUCGGACCGCAACGCCUUCGCGAGUCGCCGCUGCCUGGCCUUUCUGGCCAAGAUGAAGAGGAACGCGGAGGCGCACGCGAAGAAGAUCGUCCGCCAGGGGCCCACCGCGCGGUUCGCCUCUGUGGAGACACCUGGGGCGCCGGACGAGCGAGGAGACAGGCUCGGAAACAGGCCCUUGCUCACCGUGAGUCUCCACAGCGGGCGCGUGAACAGCCCCGCGCGUCCCGCCCCGCGAGGAGGCAGAGACGAGGCCUGGGAACAGCGCGCCGCCCUCAUCAAAGACAUCAGGCGCAGCUUCUCGCUGGCCUCGACCUACAGCACCAAAGGCAGGAAACAACCUGCGGUGUACAUCCAGCUUGCGGCUCUCAAACCGGCGAUUGUGAUGAGUUGCUUAAGCCCCGACGAAGUGGCGAUGACGCUCCUCGAGGUCUUCCAGAGUCUCUGGCUGAAAUUCGUCGACUACUCGCUGCGGCGCCGAGUCCGCGUCUCCACAGCUGCCCUCGUGCUCGACUUCAGCAGCCUGACAGAGGCGGACCUCAGCGCGGGGGGCUCGCACUUUCUGCUCUCGGUCCUGGGCGACGUCGUGCGCGCCUUCACGCCGCUGUUGAUCAAAAAGGUCGUGUUCUACAACUCCGUGCGGGCUGGGGAGUACCUGUGGGACGCCCUGCGGCCCGCGAUCGAGCACUCCUGCUUCUUUACCUUCUGCCCCUCCGACGACGACCUGGCUUCGGAAAUUGAAGGCGAGAGGACCAUGAUUUACCACACGACGGGCCUGGCGAAUGACCUGUCUCUCCUCACGAACUUUUGUCCACUGUACGCGCUCUACGGCCCGCCGAUGCCGACUCCGGAGCGUCUUUUCCCUCUUCGGCCAUCGUUUCUCGCGCCGAGCCUCGACCUGCCUCGGCCUGCACGUCGCCCGAUCGCAGUUGCGUGGGCGCAGAUCUUGGACCUCCUCGCGGGCGCACGCGUGCGUCUCACGGAUGCGGCUGACACGGAGACAAACUGCCGCGGGGAAGCGGCUCUGCAGCGCCGCCUCGCACAGACGAAGGCUACUGCGCAGGCGCUGGAGAGCCUCCGAGCGGCUGAGGCCGCAGGCAGCGACGAGGCGACGGAAACACUCCUUCGCGGGGACCAGAUGAUCAAGAAAAUCUGCGACGAAGAGGCUACUCAGUUCUGGAGGGGCAUGAGUGCCUUCCACGACAUGCUGAUCGAUUUGGCGAGGCGGACGCGCGAGGCCGAAACGGGAGAGGACGGCCAAGGCGACCUCAACAUCGAUCAGGUCGACCGCCUCGAUCCCGACGGUCACCUCGGGCCCUCAGAGCAGAGCCUCCGACACGAGCAAGCUGCCGACGAUGACGACGACAGGAGCCACGCUGAACGCGUCUUCGAGCGCAUUUUCAACAGCCAACAUGUUCUUGAGGAGACCGUGCAGCAGAUAGGUGAGCCGUUUGAAGACGCGUGGGAGAACAGUGUGCAAGACGCUUUCGACGCGAGUGUCAAGGACAUCCGCGAGAAGUAUCUCCCGCUUUCUUCUUCUCUCGCUUCAUCUUCUGCGUGCUCGUCCCCGCCGCUCGCUCGGCCCUUCCCUGUUCCCCUCAACCGCGUCUGCCGCCGCCAGGUGUCUGUACAGACUGCGGCAGAGCCGGCGCUGCUCGGCUGGCAGCCGGCGGUCACCUGGGACAGCCAAGUUCUUGGUUCCAGUGGUGCGAAGUAA